GAGAAUUCGAAUCCAUGCGAGCAAUGCAAGGCAGAGAGCCACCGGGCACUCAUCUACAGGCUGAAGUUGAUCGCGGGCCUGUUGAUGCCGUUUGCCCUUCAGGCUCUCGACGUUACCAUUGUAGCAAGCGCUCUGCCUUUCAUCGCCAUUGAUUUCAACGAGGUUGCUGAGCUCAACUGGAUUGUCUCGGCCUUCAACCUGACCAGCGCGGCCUUCAUCCCGUUCUGGGGCCAAAUGGCCGACAUUUUCGGUCGACACACCUCUCUCCAGGCUGUUCUCCUUCUCAUGACCCUUGGUAGUGCCCUCUGUACCGGAGCGCCCACGACAUCCUUCCCCGUCCUCCUCCUCGGCCGUGGCUUCCAGGGCGUGGCCUGCGCGGGUAUCAGUGUCCUGGUGCGCGUCAUCAUCUCCGACAAGGUCAGCCUGCAGGAGAACGCCAAAAACUGGUCCUUCUUUGCGCUCACGGGCGGAUGCUCCUACGCCAUCGGACCAGUCGUCGGCGGGUACCUGACCAGUGCGAGCUGGAGGUGGUGUUUUGGGAUCAACCUGCCCAUCUGCAUCUUGGGCAUUCUGAUUGUGUUCUUUGUGCUGCGCAAGGAGCUGGUGGGCCCGCAGCCUUUGGCCGGUGUCGAUGAUGAGGUUGUGUCGACGCAGAGAACCAAACCCGCCGCACCAACGGUGAUGCGUCGGCUCAUGACGAUUGAUGUGGGCGGCCAGCUGCUCUUCUUGUUCGGGUUCGGCUUGAUCAUCCUGGCAUUCACAUGGGCAGGCGAUACAUACGCAUGGAACUCGUACGAGGUCCUCGUCCCUCUGAUCCUCGGCGGUCUCCUCGCCCUGACCUGGCUGGGGUAUGAGUACCUGAUGGCACCGAAUCGGGCCCUCGGGAAGAGGUUCUCAUCGCAGAGCCCCAUGAUCCCGUGGCGUUUCAUCAAGAACCGCAAUGUGGGCCUGCUGUUCUACAUCAACUUCUCGACAGGCAUGGCCAUCUACAGCGUGCUCUACUAUGUCGACCUCUACUUCACCCUCAUCCUCGGCUAUUCAUCCUCCAAGGCUGGCGUACAGCUUCUCUACUAUACUCCUGGCAUAGGAGUAGGCGUCUACCUCGCCAUGCUCUUCUGCAACGUGUGGCCACGCGGCACCUUCCUACCCCUCUUUUUAGGGUCGACCAUCGAAGCCGUCGGCAUCGGUCUUCUUGCGUGGGCCAUGUCGACAGGCCACGUCGCCAACAUCUAUGGCAUGGUCGCCUUUAGCGGCGUCGGAACGGGGCUGCGGUUCAUGCCUGGCACCCUGCAUGCGGUCGGCUUCUUCCCCGAGUCCAUUGCGAGCAUCGUGUCGCUGAUGGGGAUCGCCAUGCCGUUUGGGGGUGCGCUGGCGCUGACGAUCAUGACGACGGUGUACAACAACCUGGCAGCCGCUGAUCCCAAGAUGGCCAUGGUCUGGGCGUUUGUGGCCAUCUGUCCGUUCAUGGGGGUGUGUAUUGUGUGCGCGGCGUGUCUGGGGAACGUAGGCAUUGUCAAGCCCAAGGCGGGCUCGGAAGGCGAGGAGCCAGAACAUCAUGUUACCGAGGGGAGCUAUCUGCUUGCGCUGCUGCGGCGGAGAAAG